GAGGGUUUGGUGUGGGAAAAGGGUAUAGGAUGCUGUGGGGGGAAAGGCAGAACGCAGACGACAAAAAGCAUAUAAUAAGGCCGGCCAAGCUUCCCUUCGCUCAUCUUAUACCCACUCUCUGCCUUCUCUCCCACAGUAUCACUUCAGGACCCUGCUCUUGUCAAGAUACUCACUAUCAUGUGGCUGCUGCUGGUGCUUGGGGCCAUUAUGGCCGCUGCUCCUGCUCUCCUCUUCCGCAACUUCCUCCUCAGCCUUGUCAACUGGUGGCUCUACGAAUCCCACUUGCCUCGCCGCCACCACUCCUCCCUCCCUCCCGGUGACUAUGGCCUCCCCUUCAUUGGCAACAUGUGGUCCUUCCUCAGAGCUUUCAAGUCCUCUGAUCCUGAUUCCUUCCUCUCCUCCUUUAUCUCCAGAUACGGACGUACCGGAAUAUACAAGAUUUUAAUGUUCGGGAGUCCAAGUGUGAUAGUGACAACACCAGAAACAUGCAGACGAGUUUUGACAGAUGAUGACAAAUUCACAGUGGGUUGGCCUCGUUCUACUGUAGAGCUCAUUGGGAAGAAAUCCUUCAUUGGGAUUUCUUACGAAGAACACCGGCGUCUUAGGCGCUUGACUUCUUCUUCCAUCAAUGGCAUGGAAGCUCUGUCCUUGUACUUGACAUACAUUGAAGAAAAUGUGAAGACUUCCUUGGAGAAGUGGUCCAAUGCGGGACAAAUUGAGUUCCUAACUGAGCUCCGAAAGCUCACUUUUAAAAUUAUCAUGCACAUAUUUCUUAGUUCAGAGAGUGAGCAUGUGAUGGAAGCUCUGGAGAGGGAAUAUACAACGCUUAAUUAUGGAGUUAGAGCCAUGGGAAUCAAUCCUGGAUUUGCAUACCACAAAGCACUCAAGGCCAGGAAGAAUCUGGUGGCCACAUUUCAAUCGAUAGUGGACGAGCGAAGAAAUCAAAGGAAGGAGAAUUCAUGCAGAGAAACAAAAGACAUGAUGGAUGCUUUAAUGGAUGUUGAAGAUGAAAGUGGAAGAAAACUGGGUGAUGAGGAAAUAAUCGAUGUGAUGAUGAUGUACUUAAACGCUGGCCAUGAAUCCUCAGGGCAUAUCACGAUGUGGGCCACCGUGAUGCUUCAGAAGCACCCAGAGUAUUUACACAGGGCAAAGGCAGCAGAGCAAGAGGAAAUCAUCCAGAGAAGGCCACCAACUCAGAAGGGUUUGACUCUCAAGGACAUACGGCAGAUGGAUUAUCUUUCAAAGGUUUGUGAUGAAACAUUGCGGCUGAUAACAUUCUCAUUGGUGGUUUUUAGAGAGGCCAAAUCAGAUGUCAAUAUCAACGGUUACACAGUCCCAAAAGGUUGGAAAGUUCUUGUAUGGUUCAGGACCGUCCAUCUGGAUCCUGAAAUAUAUCCAAACCCCAAGGAAUUUAAUCCCUCUCGAUGGAAUAGCUCGGCACACAGGGCUGGAGAAUUCCUUCCCUUCGGAGCGGGAACUAGAAUGUGUCCUGGAAAUGAUCUUGCCAAGAUGGAAAUUGCAGUUUUUCUUCAUCAUUUUCUUCUCAAUUACCAGCUUGAACAGGCUAAUCCUAAAUGCCCUGUGAGAUAUUUGCCCCACACGAGGCCUACGGACAAUUGCUUGGCCAGAGUCAAGAAACUUUCAUCUCCAUCAGACCCUGAUGCAUGACUUCCUGCAAAUGUCUCCACAAUAGCCAGAUUUCCGGUCAGCCGUGUUUGUCCUCGUAGAAAAGAAAGGGAAGGGGAAAAAAAAUAAAAUAUAAAAUUGCUACAUCCUAUAAUAUAUGAUAUAUGAUAUAUAUGUAACAGUAACACUGUAGGAUUCGCAAUUGUAGCACUGUUGAGUUAUCCAACGCAGUGCCUCCACAUGUACUGAGAAAUGAGCAAGUAGAAGUAACAUGUUACGUUCCUAUCUCAGGAAAGUGAUUUUACUUACAUAGCCAGGCAAACUCAACUUCAAAUUUGAAAC